AUGCAGACAGGCUUCAGUCUCCUCACAGAGACUGGUUUCAGUCCUUCCACCUCAAAGAGACUGGUUUCAGUCCCCCACGUCACAGAGACUGGUUUCAGUCCCCCACCUCACAGAGACUGGUUUCAGUCCCCCACCUCACAGAGACUGGUUUCAGUCCCCCACGUCACAGAGACUGGUUUCAGUCCCCCACGUCACAGAGACUGGUUUCAGUCCCCCACCUCACAGAGACUGGCUUCAGUCCCCCACGUCACAGAGACUGGUUUCAGUCCCCCACCUCACAGAGACUGGUUUCAGUCCCCCACGUCACAGAGACUGGUUUCAGUCCCCACGUCACAGAGACUGGUUUCAGUCCCCCACCUCACAGAGACUGGUUUCAGUCCCCCACGUCACAGAGACUGGUUUCAGUCCCCCACCUCACAGAGACUGGUUUCAGUCCCCCACGUCACAGAGACUGGUUUCAGUCCCCCACGUCACAGAGACUGGUUUCAGUCCCCCACCUCACAGAGACUGGCUUCAGCCCCCCACCUCACAGAAACUUGUUUCAGUCAUUCCACCUCACAGAGACUGGCUUCAGCCUCCCCCUUACAGAGACUGGCUUCAGUCCCCCACCUCACAGAGACUGGUUUCAGUCCUUCCACCUCACAGAGACUGGCUUCAGCCUCCCCCUUACAGAGACUGGCUUCAGCCCCUCACCUCACAGACACUGGUUUCAGUCCCCCACCUCACAGAGACUGGUUUCAGUCCUUCCACCUCACAGAGACUGGCUUCAGCCUCCCCCUUACAGAGACUGGCUUCAGUCCCCCACCACACAGAGACCGGUUUCAGACCUUUCACUUCACAGAGACUGGCUUCAGCCCCCCACCUCACAGAGACUGGCUUCAGCCUCCCACCUCACAGAGACUGGUUUCAGUCAUCCCACCUCACAGAGAAUGGAACAGCCCCCCACCACACAGAGACUGGUUUCAGUCCUUUCACUUCACAGAGACUGGUUUCAGUCCUUUCACUUCACAGAGACUGGCUUCAGUCCCCCACCACACAGAGACCGGUUUCAGACCUUUCACUUCACAGAGACUGGCUUCAGCCCCCCACCUCACAGAGACUGGCUUCAGCCUCCCACCUCACAGAGACUGGUUUCAGUCAUCCCACCUCACAGAGACUGGCUUCAGCCUCCCACCUCACAGAGACUGGUUUCAGUCCUUUCACUUCACAGAGACUGGUUUCAGUCCCCCACGUCACAGAGACUGGUUUCAGUCCCCCACGUCACAGAGACUGGUUUCAGUCCCCCACCUCACAGAGACUGGUUUCAGUCCCCCACGUCACAGAGACUGGUUGCAGUCCCCCACCUCACAGAGACUGGUUUCAGUCCCCCACCUCACAGAGACUGGUUUCAGUCCCCCACGUCACAGAGACUGGUUGCAGUCCCCCACCUCACAGAGACUGGUUUCAGUCCCCCACCUCACAGAGACUGGUUUCAGUCCCCCACGUCACAGAGACUGGUUUCAGUCCCCCACCUCACAGAGACUGGUUUCAGUCAUUCCACCUCACAGAGACUGGCUUCAGCCUCCCCCUUACAGAGACUGGCUUCAGUCCCCCACCUCACAGAGACUGGUUUCAGUCCCUUCACCUCACAAAGACUGGCUUCAGCCCCCCACCUCACAAAGACUGGCUUCAGCCCCCCACCUCACAGAGACUGGCUUCAGCCCCCCACCUCACAGAGACUGGCUUCAGCCCCCCAUCUCACAGAGACUGGCUUCAGCCUCCCACCUCACAGAGACUGGCUUCAGCACCCCACCUCACAGAGACUGGCUUCAGCACCCCACCUCACAGAGACUGGCUUCAGCACCCCACCUCACAGAGACUGGUUUCAGCCUCCCACCUCACAGAGACUGGCUUCAGCCUCCCACCUCACAGAUACUGGCUUCAGCCUCCCACCUCACAGAGACUGGCUUCAGCCUCCCACCUCACAGAGACUGGCUUCAGCUUCCUGUGUGA